AUGCUCCUCCAGCCUGCAAUUCUCGCCUUGCUGCCUAGACAGCCCAUCACCACUCAGUUCCUCAUCCCUGAUUAUCCCAGACAUCUUAAUGCUAUCAACCCAGCAAGCAGGCAGCCAGUGCCCAGCAGCCAGCGGUGUUGGAGUGGCGCAUGCAUGUGCAGCCUGCUGCAUGAGGUGCCGCGUCGUGCGCGUGGCUGGUCCCCCGUUAACGUUUACAUCAUCAUGGCCCCCGGUAUUGUUUCUGAAGAGGCUGCUCCCGCCGUGGUCGCUGCCACAAACGGCGUCGCUGCCGAUGAGCCGAAGAAGGCCGAGGAUGUUGUUAAUGGCGUCAAGGCUGGUAUUUCUUCAGAGCCAAACGGGGAGCUGGUCAACGGCAUCACAACUGAAAAGGCUGCAGAAACCGCCGACGUCUCGGAGAAGUCAAAAGAAGAUGCGGCCAACGGUGCUGAGACUUCUCAUAUCUCCGAUAGCGCCAGCAUAAAGAAGGACGAGAAAUCGGCAGAAACCAAGACCGAUGAUGACAAGGCCGAAGAAAAGAAGGAUGAGGAGAAGAAGGAGCCUGCCAAGCCGCAGCAGGUCCUCGUUACUCUCGAGGUAAACCCUGCCAACGGCAACGUCGUCGUCAAGGAGGCCAAGGCCAAGCCCCCAUCACAAAACUUCCUGCUCACCCUCGAAGUCGACCCCAACGGCGAAGUGAUCGUUAAGAAGACCAAACCAGACAAGAAGAAGGAUGAGGCCAAGUCCGACUCCAAGGUGGACGAUACUAAGAAGGAUGCCGAUAAGGAAAAGGGCAACGAGAAAGAAAAAGACAACACCAUGAAGUACGAGAUCAAGUAUCUCGACCGCAAGUACGACGACAAAGACGAGCCCUACUUCACCGAGCGCAAGACAGAAGAGAAGCAGACGGAAAAGUCCCAGCCCGACUGGUGGCAGCUCUACGCCUUCUGCAUUGUCCGCCACUAUGACUACUCCAACGAGUCGGUCGAGACGACCUCUAUGUACGUCAACGCGCCUCAACUGCGCAAGUUAUUGGCCGACGUCAUCGGGAACUACCCCGGCCAUCCGAUCGACGAAGACGAAGUUCAGAUCUCGGCUCCCUACUGGCCGCUCUUCCACUACCGCAAACAGAUCGAAGAAGAAGGUAUGAAGCGCUUCGCGGACAACGAGCAAGCCCGAAAGGGCUUGACCCUCCUCCUCGAAUGGAUCGACACGCACUUCAAGGACGAGUUUGCCGCGCUCGAGCGGUGUUUGUCGCAUGAGCACCAUGCCAUUGCCUACGAGCACCUCUGGACGCUCUACCCUCCUAACACAAUCAUCUACUGCAAGAUUUUGAACCAGAACCGCGCAUUCAGACUGAAUUCAUGCUGGUAUGGGUGCGAACCCAGCUUUGUCGCGCGCAUGGAGUACGUCGAUUUCGACGGGGAGCGGAUCGGCUUGCGCCACUGGGAGUUGGACAUCUCGGCCUAUCAGGGCGCGCUGGAGGUAGCGGAUAUGACCUUCAUGCCCUUCAAUCUCCUCGAAGACGCGGACGAGGUGCGCGAGGAGCUUCUGACGCGUGGCCGCAAGUUUGAGGAAUACGCACACUCCCAGCCCAAGUUCAUGGCAUACGACGCGGUUGCGCUCAAGAGAACGCAUAACGGGUAUGCCAAGUUGAGUGUGAACGGCCGAGUGAUGGUUGAUCCGAAGACAUUCCAUCGCAUGGAUACGAGUGAUUCCUUCCGUGUGGCGCCGAUCGGGGAGCCGGGGAAGAAGGAUCGCGGGAGGAGCAAGAGGAGGAGGUGCUGCGCGCCGACGAUCCCAUAUUUUGCAGGGGAUGAGGAUAAUGAAGGCAAGCAUGGAAAUGAGCAUAAACGCGAGUAUGAGAAGCUGAAUGAUGAAGAUAUUAUGUUGGCAAAUGCGACGAUUAGGGGGUACUCGUUUGCGCAGAAGGUGUUCCUGGAGUUUUAUGUGGAUGAACUCAAGGAGAUCGAGUGGAACACCAAGUGCUUCGAUGGGUUGGUGCUGGAUCCAACUGUCAAGAAGACGGUCCAGGCGCUCGUGUCGAUGCAUAAUAAGCGGCGGGAUGCGUUUGAUGAUAUUGUCAAGGGCAAAGGGAAGGGGUUGGUAUGCGUGCUGCAUGGUCCGCCGGGUGUGGGCAAGACCCUGACGGCAGAGUGUGUCGCGGAGUUUGUCAAGCGCCCGCUUUAUAUGGUGUCUUCAGGUGACUUGGGAACCUGCUCCGCGGACCUGGACCGCAAGCUCACCCAAAUCAUGGACCUCGCCUCGACCUGGCGCGCCGUCCUUCUCAUCGACGAAGCAGAUGUAUUCCUGGAACAGCGCGCCCUGCACGACCUGCACCGCAACGCCAUGGUCUCCGUCUUCCUUCGCGUCCUCGAGUACUACAGCGGCAUCCUCUUCCUGACCACCAACCGCGUCAGCACCUUCGACGACGCCUUCAAAUCGCGAAUCCACAUUCCCAUCCGCUACACCGAGCUGACCGUCGAGUCGCGCAUGCAGAUCUGGCGCAAUUUCUGCAACGAUGUGCCUGGCGGUGUAGAUAUCGACGAGAAGGGGCUGAGGAGGCUGGCUGAGAUUGAUCUGAACGGUAGGCAGAUCAAGAACGCGAUUAAGGCGGCCGAGGGUCUGGCUGCUUUUGAUGGCGUCAAGGUCGAUUUGGAGCAGUUGUUGCAAGUGACUAAGAUUCAGGAGAUGUUUGAGAAGGAUUUGACCAGCGUUAACGGGAUUGAUUACACAGCGCCGGGGUCGUCGAAGAAGAAUGCCGAAUCGAGGCAUAUGUUUCUUUGA